AUGCUCGACGGGAAACCCAAAGACAAACUCAUGAUUCCAAACUGGCUCCUUGGCUGGGCGUCGGGAGACGAUAAGAGGAAGUCAAAGACAAACCCCAAGACGUGCGAGCACCGGAUCGCGCCAUCCCUCGAGCCCUGCGACUUGUGCGCAGCGGAGGCGACUAGAGCGCGGAAAUACAGAUGGAAGAUCAUCCUUGGGCUGGUGUUUCCUUUUGCUCUGCAAGCUCUCGACUCGACCAUCAUCGCGAGCGCCUUGCCGUGGAUCGCCCAUGACUUUGGCAGAUUCUCCCAGCUCAACUGGAUCGUAUCAGCCUUCAACCUCACAUCUGCUGCCUUCAUCCCCUUUUGGGCGCAAAUGUGCGACGUAUUCGGACGCAAUGCCACGAUCAACGGAAGCAUCAUACUAAUGCUCCUCGGCAGUGCCCUGUGCACAGGGGCUCCGACGAGCGCCUUCCCGAUGCUCCUCCUCGGACGUGGCUUUCAAGGUCUGGCGGCGGCGGGCCUCAACGUAGUGGUGCAGACGAUUCUAGCCGAUCGUGUCUCGCUCAAGGAGGCUGCAAGCAACUGGUCCAUCUUUGCCUUUGUCGGUGGCACUGCCUACGGUCUUGGACCGGUCAUUGGGGGCUAUCUUACCAACGCGAAUUGGCGAUGGUGCUUUGCGAUCAACCUUCCCAUGGGUGUUGUCGCUCUCGUGACGGUCUACUUCCUCCUGCGCAAGGAGCUACUCGGCGCGCAGCCCAUUCCGGAACUCGACGAGACAGUUGAGACAGGACGCCGCACCAAGUUCGGCGCACGACUUAAGACCGUCGACUUUGGGGGUCAGGCGUUGUUCCUGGUUGGUUUUGGCCUGAUCAUCUUGGGUCUGACACGGGGAGGCGCGACGUAUCCCUGGGCGUCAGCGGCAGUCGUUGUUCCAAUGGUUUUUGGGACCCUGUUGACUGGGGUGUUUGUGUAUUGGGAGUAUCUCAUGGCGCCGGGGAAACUCCUUUCUCAAAGAUUCCCGACGCAAAAGCCCAUGAUUCCAUGGAACAUCAUCACGACCAAGGACAUCAUGUUGGUCUUCUUCACAGAGACAACCUCUGGAGUGGCCAUGUAUGCGGUACUGUACUUUUGCAACAUCUACUUUAUCUCGGUAAAGGAUUUUCGGCCCGAUGAGGCUGGAGUUCAACUUCUGUUCUUCAUUCCUGGGUUGUCUGGCGGUGUUAUUAUUUGUUCCUUCCUCUGCAACUCCUGGCCUCGUAUGACCUGGCCACCGAUUUUCUUGGGUACCCUCGUCGAGGCUGUCGGUCUCGGGAUGCUGUCGUGGGCUUGCUACAACGAGAAGCCGUCGAUCAUCUUUGGCAUGAUGGCGCUUGUCGGUGUCGGCUCAGGUCUGCGCUACAUGUCAGGCCCGCUGCAUGGUGUGGGCUACUUUCGCCAACAUCGCGCGGUCAUUGCGGGAACGAUGGCUCUUGCACAUCCAUUUGGUGGAACCUUGGGGCUCACAGUGAUGACUACCGUGUUCAACAACCUGUCUGGUCUGGAAUACGACCCAGGCUUUGAAGAGACGAGCACCAGCGACCCUCGAAUGAAUGACGAGCUCAGGGAGAAUGCCAAAAUGGGCGUGGUUUGGGCAUUUGUUGCCGUCACACCGUUUUUGGUGCUGGCUUGGAUCGCGACAUUCCUCCUCGGCAAUGUCAUUCUCGGUGACGGCAAUGGUCCCGAUGAAGAGGGCUUGCACAACACUGUCAUUAGAGACCCUUACAUCGUGAAGCUUCUCAGAGGCCAAGGAAGGCCAGCUCAACCUGAGAGAGAUGUUAGAUUGCGGAGUUGGGAGGUGCUUGGGAGCUCACACAGCACGCCUGUCCCGGCAGACUAA